AUGCUGGCGCGGCCGCGCGGCAGCCGCGCGGAGGGCGCCGCAGCGGCGGCGGGACUGCAGCCUGGCGCGCGGGUGCGCGUGCUCCAGGGUCGGCAGUUCGACAACUUCCGCGGUGGGGACUGCGGCGUGGUCGCCGAGGUCGACAGUGAGGCCGGCACCUGCCGCGUGAUGUGGGACGACAGGCGGCGGGAGCCGACCCAGGUGCGGCCCCGCCCUGGCAGAGACACCAGAGGCGGUGCCGCCCCUGCCGCGGGAGGACCGACGACGGCGCAGAGGCCGCGGACGCACCCACGCGGCAGCAGCAGCAGCAGCAGCAACAGCAGCAGCAGCAGCAGCCAGCCAGUCCGGCGUGGCGCGGCGCGAUGCCCCAGCGCCUUGCGGCCAUCUCGCCCGGGAGAGGAGAGCGGGCGGCGGAGCGCCGCCGCCCUCGCAGGGACCUCCCGCGGCGGAGACGCCGACCUCCCGCACGGUGAAGAGCAAGGUGCUGGCCGAGAUGGUGCUCGCCGCGGAGGGGCAAAAAGGCUGCCAGGAGGACGGCCUUGGCCCGCGCGCUGCGGCCGCCGAGUGCCGCGGCGGCGGCGCCUGCCGCCAGGGCGCAGGCGCGGGGCUGGACGGCCACGGCGGCCUCGGGCCCGCGGCCGCCGCGAUGGAGGAGGUGAUGCAGCGGCUGCGGCUGGUAGACCUCCGGCUCGACGGGCUGGACCAGCGGGUGCGGUCGGCGGAGGGCGCCCGCGCCUCGUCCGCGGAGGCGUCGGCGCUGGAGACGAGGGAAUUCUGUGCACACGUGGAGGCCAGGCUCAACGAGCAGGUCGCGGCGCUGCGGGACGAGCUGGAGCGCAG